CAAAUUUUUGUUACUAGUAAUAAAUAAUACAGGGGAGUUUGUUAACAAUUUGAAAAUACAGGGGUGUUUUUGCAAUUCCAUGAUUUUUAUAAGUCAAUUAGUCAAUACGCGAACGCGAUUAUCAAGAGUCGCGUUUUUAGGGUUCGCGCUUCUAAUAGGGAUUUGGGAAUAGUUGAACCCAGCACUCUUUCUUCUUCUUCCUCAAUUUCUACUGUAUUUGGCCCAAGGGUUUCAAAGUUCUGCAAAUGGAACCUGUAACCACAGUGGUCGAUAAGCUGAAAGGGUUGGCGAAAUCGACGGAGGACUUGGCUCAGCGCCUCCUUGAUCGCCGCCGUAAUGCCAACCACCGUAGUCCGAUUGAAAUAUUGAAGCGUUUGCAACGAGAAGCAUUUUCGGAUAUAAUGAAGCUGAGAGAUAGGCAAGAGAAGGUUGAAAAACUUCUGACUUUUUACAAAUCUUCGAAAGGAAGUCCAUUCCAAGAAGCAAGCACUCACGUAAAAGGAAAAGUAGAUAUCCAAGGGGCAUUCUUCAUUACAGACAAUGUUGAUGAACACAAACACAACGCAAUUCAAAAAUCAGGUAUUCGAACUGGCAUCGAUGCAAAGCUCAUAUUCGAAACCGCAGUUGGGGAAAAAAACGCACUUGUAGCUGAAUUUGUAGCCAGUGAAAAGGGCCGGGGCGAUGUUUUGGGGGGCCCACUUUCGCUAGCCAAGAUUUUUUACGCGGCGAAUGUUAGUGAUUGGUUCUCUGCGGUUGCGGUUCCAAUGGGUGCGCAGUGCAGAGAUGUUUCGGUUUCAACAAGUUCUCAUCAGGAAAGGGCAAUUACGGAAUAUUCCGAAUUCGGGCCUCCACUUUUGAGUCAACACAAGGGAAGUGCUGUUGGAGUAAUGGUGAAGAAAUCGAACAUGGUUGCCUCUUUGGCUCAGUUUGUUAAUCCGUGUGGGGUUUCACGUUCGUUGAGCACUUUUGGGGAAGUCGUUUGGGAACUUUCUAGAAACACAAAGCUCUCUGUUUUGGGUGUGCACAGUGUCUCUAGAUCAACGAGCCAAAACCCUAGUCUUGGAGCAUUGACUUUCCCUAUUAGCAUAUUUCAACGUGACCGUUUUUCGGAGGAAGACAGCCCAACGAGUGGCGAAAGGCGUAACUCUGAUGGAUCUAUUGCUAUUAUGAUGAACAGAGAAUUUGACGAGAACUCAAGAAUUGGGGGGUGGAUAGAGACGAAAAAUUCGAACCCCAGAAAUGUUCAAUGGGCUGUUACAAUGAGUGAUACACCCGAAGACGAGCUUGGAUGGGGUUUGACUUUGGGAGGGUCGGGUCAAUGCCUGCAAAAUUUGGAACAUUUUCAGAUUGAAUCAUUUUUUAAUUUCAAUGUCGGCAAAAACUUUAAAUUGCAGCCAGCUUUUAUGUAUGUUAACGAUGGGGGCACCCAAUUUCCGGCCCUGAUGCUUCGAUCCAGUUGGUCUCUAUGAAUUACAAUUGCUCUUGAGCAUUUUCUGUCACACCUAAGUCUCGAUUUUUUUUGUGCUAAUUGGAGAAUUCCUAGGAUUGGCUGUUACAUUUAAA